AUGUUCAGUAGUGCUACGUCAAAUGCUUGUGUUUGGAAAGGGAAAUGGAUGUAUGAGGUUCUAUGGAAACUUCUAAGUGUACAGCAGCUUGGAUGGGCUACUCUUUCUUGCCCUUGUACUGAUCACAAGGGUGUAGGUGAAGCAGAUGAUUCAUAUGCAUUUGAUGGAAAAAGUUUUAGUAAGUGGAAUAAAGAUGCUGAGCCAUACGGUCAGCCAUGGGUUGUGGGUGAUGUCAUUGGAUGUUGCAUUAAUCUGGAUCAUGACGAGAUAUUAUUCUAUAGAAAUGGUGUAUCUCAUGGAGUGGCCUUUCGUGGUAUCUGCCAGAUGGGACCUGGAUCCGGGCAUUACCCAGCAAUCUCUCUUUCUCAAAAUGACAGCCCGGACCAAUUUGAAAUGGAAGAGGAUAUACUGGCCACUAUUCGAAUUUCUUGA